AUGGAUCUCCAGAGCGAUGCAGAAAAGAGACAUUUGCACGCUGCUUUGCCGUGCAUUUCAGUUGACAAUGCUUCCUACCUUGUUGAUUCCAACUUGGUAGCGGAGCCCAUGGCUCGACCGGGCCUUGGGCUCCGUUGCCAACGUUGGCUGCUGACUGGUUGUCGUGCACUUCUCUUUGGAUUGAUUGCCUCGAUGCUUCUCAUCACUGGCUUUGAAUUGACCUUGAUCAAGGGAGCUGAUUGGCAGUUCAGUUUGAAUGAGACAACGACAGAACACGUGCGACGCAGCCUUCCGUUGGCAACGACGACGACGAAUGAGCCCAAUGUGCACUCAGCAGUUCGUUUUCAGCUGACCGUGACCUUGGAUGUUGAAACAGACGGGAAUGACCACAUCUGUUUAUCCUUGGCGAACCAGACUGGAUUCUAUGCUGCUUACAAGAAUGAUUUGUACAUCAGAGAUGGUACCUCACCGAGUUUUGAUCUAAUGAGAGCAAAGGCAUUGAGUGUUGCUCAGACUGCUUUGACAAUGUGGACCAAUGGAUCGCAUGAAGAAAUGCUCGUGGAUCGCCGUCUGUCCGCGGACCGCAAUGUACAUAGAGAUCGCGCAGUGCCUGUGUACAGCCAGUCUAAUGUCCAUCAGAGCGAUGCAGGCCCACCAUUUGUGGGUACUGCGACACUAAAAGUGCCGCCAAGCUGGUGCAUCGAGAGGAACCAUGUGUAUUCUCUCAGAACUUGGAUUUCCGAUUUGGUAUUGUGGGCAAGCGCCAGCGAUCUGGAUCCCAUCCGCCAUGGCCCUGUGGCCGCCUUGCAAGUGCAAGGAACUGCUAGGGAAUUAGUUCGGGAGCUGACCCCUCACCAAUUGCAACACGGAGAUGUUGACCCGAGCUCGGGCCAGCAGCUCACCGGCCUCAUGCUGCUGGUGACGGUGCUGGCUAGACGAUACGCACCACUGGAAACGGAAAACACAACAAAGAGCAUUUCAGAAUUUCUUUCCUUUCGCAGAAUGCCUGGAGAGGGGAUUGAUAGCGUAUUGGUCAGGUUCGACAUCUUGAGAAAUAGAGCAAACAUGAGAGCAGGUUUCGCAGUUAAUUUCACCGGGCUUGCAUGGCUGCUCAUGCAAUCGUUGAAUCUGCCUGCGGAACUCUGGGACCGACUCCUAGCGCCUCUGGGAGGCAACAUGCCGCAGCAGGAGCAUGAAUUGGGUGCCCUCAUGGAAAGGUUAAGGAGGUUGUUUCAUUUGCGAGAAGGCAGGUUUCAAGGAAGUCACCAGCAAGGUGCUACAGGUGAUCCUGGCAGUUUCUUUGCAGAAGGGUAUUUUCCAACUUUCGCAUCCGAAGCAUGUCCACCUCAGAAUGCAUUCAUGACAGGUGGCCCUGACCCACCUGAUCCUUGGGCCGCUUACCACGGCUCAAUGCCUCAUCAGCCAGGCAAUGCACAUGUGAACGAUUCAGCUUGGAGAGACUGGCAGCCAAGUCAGCCAACGGCUCAAUCAGCCUUUCCAACUGCAGACGGAUCAUGUCCCACAUGUGGGGGAAUGUAUUUGCAAGAUGGGGGUAGCACUGAUACAAGUUCUGAUGAUGGGUCCCAAUCUCAAGUUGAUGGUAUUGAUCCAACCGAAGCUUACCAAGAGUAUGCAUUUGCUCGGAAAAAAUGGCGUCGAGUUGCAAACAAGUUUCCUAGGCGCUACAGAAGGGGUUUUAAGGGCAGCAGUAAAGGCUCCAAAUCACACAGUUACUCUUCCUUUCUUCCCCCGGGGGCAUUUGCUGGUGGUAAGGGUAAAGGAAAAUCCCCAUCAAAGAAGCGGAACCCACGCGACAAGUCAGGCCAAGUGAUGCGUUGCAACAUAUGCCAAUCAGAAGAGCAUUUAUGGCGCAGCUGCCCCAAAAGACAGGCAGAUUCUGCAUAUCCAAGCGGUUCGAUUCAUCAACCAAGUGGGCAGCCUGCGCAGAAUCAGUUGGCUUUGAUCUCAACUAGCGCUGGCCAGCCAUUGCUGUGGGGACAUCCGGCCACCACGUCCCUGCCUGGUGUUCAUUUUUUCGGAACUGAGUUUGAAAACCUCCGCAGUGUUUCUCAGGCUGGCAGUGUCGUUUCUAGCAAUAGCAACCGCAAAAGAGCGACCUCAGAUGCACCUGAGUUGUUGACACCUAGGAACCCAACACGACCAGCUCCCAGCUGGAAUGCAGGCAGUCCUCCACCGCAAGUGUUUGCCACGCCACAGCCAAGUCUGUCCACUAGUCCGCAACCAGGUGUUUCGGCCAGUCCUAAGACAGCGCAGAGUAGUGGUAAGAGUUCUGUAGUUUUUGGUAGUGGACAUGCACAUGUUGAACCAUUGGUUGAAGGAGUGCCACAGCCUGGUGUGCCGCCUCCAACAGAGCCAGCACCAGGGUUUGUUGAACAACAUGAUUUGCCAAGUACUUCCGUGAAUGUUCCACAUGAGCAUGUAGUGCACAAUGAAGAGGGUCCCAGUAGAAUGCUUUCAGCUGAAGAGCGUAAGGAGAUGAGAGAUCGCACCGUCCAGGGUUUGCACAGUAUCAUUUUAGGUUUGGGGAAUCAGCCUUCAGGAUUUUCACAGCAGUCACCGCAGUCAAGCGAGCCAGGUGCAACCACUGGUGAUCGUCCUCGAGCAGUGCUGAACCUCGAAACACAUUUGACAGGCCAACAUGCCAUGCAGAAUGUAGGAAUGAAUCCCAGCCAAAUGCUGACGUUUGGAAGUGCAGGAUUUGCUGGAAGUGCACCUAGCAGUGGUAACACAUUUGUUUUCCCAUCUGCUGUUCCAUUGUUUCCAGUAUCAUCUCAGCCUAGAGAGCGUGAUGCCGAUGGGCAUUCCUAUCCCUGGUGGGAGGUGGAUGGCAUAAAGGAAGAAGAUGUCUCAAGAGCUAACAGCCAAAUCUAUCAUCUCCGGACACGAAGGCAGAACGGCGCAGUAGGGCUGCUCAUAGAUCCAGGCGCACACGAUAAUUUGAUCGGUGGCCGCACCGUGGAGCAGAUGUGUGAUGAGCUGCAGACAGCCUUGGUUCAGCGCUCAAUGAACAAACCUCUUCCCGUGGAAGGUGUAGGUAAAAGUGCCCAGGUGGCAGAAAAGGCUGCCUGUGUCCACAUGCGAGUGCAGGAUGUGCUGGGCAUUCUCACAGAUGCAACUUACACCGCGCCAAUUAUUCAAGACAGUUUGCUCCCACCGCUUCUAGGUAACAAGACAUUACGCAAGAUGCAAGUGAUCCUGGACUGUGGCAGUGGCAAGCUCAUAGUUCCAGGCCCUGGAGGCAUUGAGGUAAAGAUGAGUCCUGGCAGCCACGUGUAUGACUUGGAACUGACAACAAGCGGUCAUUGGGUCUUGCCUUUGCAUCCGCGUGCAUCAAGCUCCAUGUCCAAGUCUCACGAUGAGGAAUUGUCCUUCAACAUGUCAUGUCGCCAAAGCAGAUCGCAGUCACCGCCGCCGAAGCGCUCCAAGAGCGCGGAGGCACCCGCCGCCAACUGA